UUUAGUAAAAAAUCAAACAGCCAGCAACACGACGGCCCGGCGUACAGAAGUGAGCGAAACACGAACGAAAUACGUAUAGAGUAAUAUGACAACGAAGCACAAGGACAGCGGCAGCAUAAAGUGAACUUAACAUCAGGAAAAACGAACUUAUAUAAGCUACUAUAUAGCUACACACUUAUACAUUAUAUAUAUAAUAUAUAUAGGAAAUGCUCGUAAAGUGUCAUUCGGGUGUACAGAAAAUUCGCUAAGCAUUCGCAUUCGCAACUCGAUCCGAAGAGCGAACUAAAGAGAACGAUAAAAGAGAGUGAGAUCGAAGAGCAGAGAACGCACUAGAAUACUCUCGUCUAUAUAAAUUCUCAUUGGAGUUACCAAACAAGAGAGAACAACAAAUUCAAUUCAAGGAUAUGAACGAAACGAGACGAACAAUCGGUGGCCUUGCACUUCCGGCACUGCUAUUGACGCUGCUGCUGCUGUUUGUGUCCCAAACCGAGUGUCGAGCUGCGGGUGAGACGGAAAAUGAGUCUGAUAUUGCAUCGCUUCCGCCGGAUGUGGAUAACGUGGAGUUGCAUCGAGUGAAGCUCGUUAAUGGCGUGAUGACUGAGGAUCAUCCUAUUGUUAUGUACAAAGAGGACUUUGUCAACGAGGAUUAUGAUCCCACCCAGAGUGAAACCAAGGCAAAACCUACAAGGAAAUACAAGCAACUGAAGCGCAUGCGUCAUCAUUACAGCACCGCAGAGAAGAUACGCUUCGAUGUGCUGCCGGAGACACCAAUCUUUGUGGACGAUGCCGAUGACUCUGGUGCCGAUAACUUUGAGGCAGCCUCGCUGUUGGAGCCUUCCAAGCAGGAGACUUUGCAGAAGUAUCCCAAGAAGUAUCACAGUCGUCAGCGUCGUCAAGCGUACUACUACAACAGAAACCACUACUAUGUCCAGCCCUAUCAAUAUCCCCCCUCUCCCGCACCAUAUUAUCUGCCAGUUGCGACACCAAAUCAAUACCAACAUAGUCAGGUAGAGGGCAAGAAACCUAAAUAUCGUGGCAAGCAACCGCCAUGGCAAACGAAGCCCACGAAACCCAACAUGCCCACCGAUAUUGGCACACGUCUAGGUGAACCCGAUGAAAACUCUUUGUUCCAUGACUCGAAUCCUGCCAAUGCCGACUUCUCGGUAUUCAAUCAACCCAGGCCAGCAGCAGACACUCCCAGGCCAAGCUCAAGCAAUCGGCAAACGCCAACAACUCGCCCUCCUUUUGGUGGAUUCCAGUCCCCACCAGAGUCACCAGUGGAGCAACCGCCUAGAUGGGAGCCCAGCCCACAAAGACGUCCAGCCACAAAUAGGCCGACGACAUCCGCACCAGCAGCGUCGAGAAGAAAUACACCGAGGGUGUCAAGCUGUGUCUGGGCCAUUGUCAACUGUUGUUCGCAGGGCAACAGUGAGAUCCACUAUAAUUGCUUUGAGGAAUUUGACUGUCACGGCGCCUUUUGGGGCGUCAAUCCCUGUGCGGACAAUGUGCGCGAUGGUACGAUUGUCUCAUUAACGAGAUCCUUUUCAACCGGUCCUCCAUCCCAACGCCAAUACCUACCUAUUUAAUUAAUUGUCUAAGCUUAGGUCUAAA